AUGGAUAAAAUAUUAUACCAAACAGACAAAGCAGCCAACAUCGGUAAUGAUUUCUUAUCAUCGUUUUUCGUUGUUCAGUUGAAUCCAAUAUUAUGCAACGGUCGCGGCAGUGAUAAAUUCAACCCAACCAACAUCAAUAUCAACGAUAUACUAGGCGAUUAUUCGUUAACCGUGGUCGAUACGCUAGAUACCCUUGCGAUCAUGGGAGAGCAAGAGUUAUUCGAGGAUGCUGUCAACAGAGUGUUACGAGACGUCUCAUUCAAUCAGGACAACAAAGUCCAAGUUUUUGAGUCCAAUAUUCGUGGAUUGGCUCAAGACUUGGCGGACCGUUUGAUACCCGCUUUUCAGUAUUCAAAAACUGGGUUACCCUAUCCAAGAGUCAAUCUCCGUCAUGGUGUGCCACGAACGGAAACAGUUGAAACCUGUACUGCAGGAGCGGGUAGUCUGGUAUUAGAAUUUGGUGUGUUGAGCAGGUUGACAAACAACACCUAUUACGAGGAUGUGGCCAAACGUGCAUUAAACGCCUUGUGGAACCGUCGAUCCGAUAUCGACUUACUUGGCAAUGUCAUCAACAUCCAGACCGGUCAAUGGAUUCAUACUGCGUCCUCUACAGGUGCAGGCAUCGAUUCCUAUUUUGAAUACUUGUUAAAAGCCUACAUCUUAUUUGGCGAACCCGAAUACCUGGACAUGUUUGACGACGCGUACAAGGCCAUUAUGCAACACGUGCGGGAUCCAUCCGGCUACUUGUAUCGGAACGUCCACAUGAGUUCAGGUGCCUUGAUGGCUACAUGGAUCGACAGUCUAAGUUCUUUUUGGCCAGGCGUCCAAGUGCUUUACGGUGAUUUAGAUUCGGCCAUCAAGGGCCAUCUUGUGUUUUACAAUAUUUGGCGUCGAUACCAUGGAUUACCGGAACGAUUCGAUUACUAUCGCAAAACAGUCGAUAUUGGUUUUUAUCCCCUCCGGCCAGAGUUUAUUGAGUCUACGUAUUAUUUAUAUCGCGCGACCCGCGACCCGUUUUAUCUGCAUGUGGGUGAAAUGGUUCUGGAGGAUUUGAAUAAUCGGACUCGGUUGCCUUGUGGGUUUGCGACGAUUGGAGAUGUUCGCACGGGCCGGUUGGAGGAUCGAAUGGAGAGUUUCAUGUUAAGUGAAACGCUUAAAUAUCUCUAUCUCCUUUUUGACACUGAUAAUGCAUUCAACAAACUAGACUCAAACUUUGUUUUUACUACUGAGGGACAUUUCUUGCCGCUGGCUGGCCAUCUCUUGAAGAAAAACGCCCCAUCAUCAUCAUCACCAUCCACAACAGCCACCUGUCUUCCAUACAAUAUCGUCACCACUGCUACUACAAGCCAUCCUACUCCACACCACCUAGACUUAUCGUCGAUCCCUUAUCGUCCCGAAACCGAUUUUGCAGCAGCUAUUGUGGGCUAUAACAACAAUAACAACGAGGAAGGAGGAGGAGGAAGAAGAGCAUCUGAUCUGUUAUUACAUCCACAGGGUCACUGCGUUUCGCCCCAUACGGUGGCACAACAACAAUCUUUUGAAUUGUCAUUCGGUACGGACGCACGGACCACCACGGCCAACCAAAAGUUUCAUCGCCAAUCGCCUAAAUUUGUCGACCUCGUAGGUGGAUUCCUUGCUAAAUCACUCUCUGGAUUAAAAUUGGAAAUCACAAAACGACCACAACGGACAGGUGGAGGAUUCCAAGUCACUCGAGGUUAG